AGUGCUCGUUUCAUGCAGGACCGCAGCGAAGCACGUCGCCUUUUCUCUGCUCUUUUGCCACGGUAACGUCGAGGGGCGUCCGGGAUUCCUUUUGGGGCCACAUCUGUUUGGAUUCUGUUGCUUUUACGACGCGAUCAAUGAAGCAUAAGAUAUAGUUUACAGUGCUGGAAGAAAUGAGGAAAGUCGAAACCAUUUCCAUAAGAAGCAAACUGAUCUAAGUUUCCAACAUAGCUAUUAUGGAAUUAUUGAAAAACAUGGGAAUGCCUAGCACGUACUACUACUACUACGUCGACUAGGCCUCGGGCACCAGCGUGGGGCAAACUAGCAUGUGCAGCUGGUGCUGACCUUUAAUGUGAGCAGAUACUAUGCCUGUAGUUCACCGUCCAGCAGUGGUUGUCCUCUUCCUGCUCCUCGCCCUUCUAAUAGAUGGUGGAUUCAGCAGAAAUGUAAACUUUCAUAACGUGAAGCCGCCAAUGUCGCCAACUCCAUUUCCAAACAGCUUCAAGUGCUUCACUUGCAACGACGCUUUGGACAAUUACGAGUGUAACCGAUGGGCUGAAGAUAAAUGGUGCCCUCAUUACACGGCGUAUUGCCUGACGGUGCACAGAUUUACAAGUCAUGGCGGGAGUGAAUCAGUUUCAAAGAGAUGUGUUUCUAAGGAAGAAUGCCAUUCUGUGGGGUGCCAUCAUUUCAGGAAAUUUGGUUAUACGGAGUGCAUUUCCUGUUGUGAAGGGAUGAUCUGUAACAUUGAAGUGCCAACGAAUCACACAAAUGCAGUGUUUAUGGUGAAACGGCUGCAUGGGUUGCCUUCGUCUUCCAGCAUUGGGAUGCAGAACAUAAUCUGGAUCACAGCACCUCUUCUGCUCCUUUUACAGAUCUGAUGCAGCAGCAACUCAAGUCUGACUGAGUUCUUUAAAUCCAUCAGCCACGUUGUCUGAUGCCAGCUGCAGAAGGAAAGCACUGCCUUCCUGAUACUUCCAGAGAUUUACACUCAAAGGAGUGUGAUGUCAUUUUUUGAGUUUAAAAGCAUACAAAGACUGGAUAAAACUUAUCAAAUGGGCAAAACUGCUGUCAUGAUGGACUCCUGACUUACCUUCAGUGAGUCCUAACUGCCAAGCGAGGAAGACCAGAGGAUGUUUAAUGAACAUGAUAUAUACAGAGUCUUUUUUUGUGUUGAAUCUCUUUUUUUUUACCUUGUUUCCUAUGCUAAAAAUAGUAUUCUGCUUGCAUGGUGAUGUUGCUUUCUGACACCUGGUGAAUACAAUUGUAAUCUGUACAUGAUGUCUGCAAACUAUUUGGUCACAUUGGAGCAAUUCUUUUCUAGUUUAUUCACGAUCGUUCCUUUCUGCGCCUUGUGGUGCAUUGGGUGGCAAAUCUGCUGUUUCCUUAGCAUUUUUCAGUUUUUUGCGAGACCGAGUUGCUAGCUCGACGCUCAACCCAGCACAGAUGGAAAGUCUGCAAGGAGCCGUUCUGAUCUGAACCCGGGACCACUCACCUCAAAGUCCAGUGUGGGUGCCUCUACACCACUGGCCGGCAAUUGCAUGAUUACUGGAGUAGAAACUGCAGACAGAUUUUCUACCAACUGGACCCAAUGAUUCGAGACAAAUUACAGUUUAUUCCAGUUUAGCCCAGGAAGAAGUCAAACAACACAGGAAAGCCCGAAGGUUGAAUUUGCGAGCUCUUCUGGCCUGACUUGACAGUUGGAACUCUUGGAAUGAGGUCAAAAGAACAGUAAUAGAAGUUUUCAAUAAUAACUUGGUUUAAUUGUUUGAUUUUGCUUAAUUCGCUCAAAAUUGAUUAGAUUAUAAUUCCUAACCACCUGCCACCUACAAUCUCAAUGCAUUAAAUUACAAUUUAUAUUUAAAAGCCUUUUCUUAGAAUUAUAGAAUCAUACAGCCUGGAACAGACCCUUCAGUCCAAUGCAUCCAUGCUGAACAUGUUGCCCAGUGAGCUAAUCCCAUCUGCCUGCUUCUGGUCCAAAGCCCUCUAUACCUCUCCUAUCUAUGUACUUAUCUAAAUGCCCUUUAAAUGUUGCUAACAUGCCUGCAUCAACCACUAUUUGUGGCAGCUCAUUCCAAUACACUUCGUGUGAAGAAGAUGCCUCUGAUAUCCCUUUUAAAUCUCUCAACUCUGAUUUUAAUCUUACGCUUUCCCGUUUUUAGCAACCCUUCCUGGGAGAAAGACUGUGUGCUCUUUUCAUGAAAUUCUGCACCCUUUUUUCUCCAAACAUAUCUUUGCUCAUUGUGGCCAAAAAGUUCUAUUUUAACUUUAUCAGUCCACAGGACUUGUUUCCAAAAUGCACCAGGCUUUUUUAGAUGUUCCUUUGCAAACUUCUGAUGCUGAAUUUUGGCCGCAGCCAAAAGAGCAGAUGAAAAGAGGAUGGCUUCUACAACAGGAUAAUGAUCCUAAACACACCUCAGAAUCCACAAUGGACUACCUCAAGAGGCGCAAGCUGAAGGUUUUGCUAUGGCCCUCACAGUCCCCUGACCUAAAUAUCAUCGAAAAUCUGUGGAUAGACCUCAAAAGAGCAGUGCAUGCAAGACGACCCAAGAAUCUCACAGAACUAGAAGCCUUUUGCAAGGAAGAAUGGGCGAAAAUCCCCCAAACAAGAACUGAAAGACUCUUGGGUGGCUACAAAAAGCGUUUACAAGCUGUGAUACUUGCCAAAGGGGGUGUUACUAAGUACUGUCAUGCAGGGGUGCCCAAACUUUUGCUUCGGGCCCUUUUCCCUUUUUGUUAUUUUGAAACUGUAAAAGAUAGAAAUACAAAAAGUGAUCUUGCUUAAAAUAUUAAAGAAAUGUGUCAUCUUUAACUUUAUGCCUUUUGGAAAUCAGGUCAUCUUUUACUGGCUCAGCUAUUCACAGUAACAGAAAUUUUGACCGGGGUGUCCAAACUGCCGCAUGCCACUGUAGCUGCAAUCUCUCAACAUAUCUGGUCCUCCAAUUCCCGCUGAUGGAGGGACUGAUGAUACAAUCCUAUCAGAUUGACCCUUCUUAUCUUUAACUUUAUUGGAUAGUAAUCUAGAAAUGCAUUUCUUUUGGCAAGUCAGAAACCUCAAAAGCAAUAAUUGUAACAAAUAAAUUAAGACUUGAUCAUAUGUUAUGGUUGAAGGUAGAUUUGGGAUGUAGUUAAACCAAAGGCUAAAAUUUUGAAUGACCAAAGGCUAAAAUUGUUAUUCCAGUGAUUGUGCUUUGAAGUUGUGUUUGCAUCUGAUGAUAGAUAUGUAGGAAGAAAAACACAUCCAAAAGCAGUUAAAAUUGUAGUGAUAGAAUUACUGAGACAAAUUAUUUCCACAAAGAUUAUACCAUGCAAACUGACCUUUACCAUGCAAGUAAAGUUAUUAUUUGUUAAGCUUGAGAAUCCAGUAUUGAACUCCAGUCCAGCCUAAUGUGCUGCUGUGAGACAUUUGAUAUCUGCAUGUUCAGUCAUAUUCAUUUGUUUGUUAUAUGCCGUGUCGUAUGACGUAGGCGAUCGUGGUGUUUGCAUGCCACAAUUGUUCUUGGCAAAUUUUUCUACAGAAGUGGUUUGCCAUUGCCUUCUUCUGGGCGUGUCUUUACAAGACAGUGACCCCAGCCAUUUUUAAUACUCUUCGGAGAUUGUCUGCUCGGUGUCAGUGGUCACAUAGCCAGGAUUGUGAUAUGCAUCAGCUGCUCAUACGACCAUCCACCACCUGCUCCCAUGGCUUCAUGUGGCCCUGACUGGGGGCUAAGCAGGUGUUACCCCUUGCCCAAGGGUGCCCUGCACAGUUAUAUUAGUUCUAUCAAUAAUAACCUUCAAUUACUGGUGUGGUCUUUGAUGAAGAGGUACGACUAAUAACAUGGUAUGACAGAAGGAAAUUAAUAUUUUCUGUUACAAUCAAAGCAUGGAGAUUUUCUCUUUAGGUCAUAGAAGUUUCUAAACUAGUGGGAGAUGCUGCUGAGAAAGAUUAUUGUGACACAGGCAACAGGCAUGGCUGCUAGAACACGACCCACCCAGCCAACACACUUUUCGUCCCUCUUCCCUCCAGGAGAAGGCUCAGGAGCUUGAAGACUCGUACGGCUAGAUCUGGGAGCAGCUUCUUUCCAACCGUGAUAAGACUGCUGAAUGGAUCCUGACCUGGAUCUGGGCCAUACCUUCCAAAUAUCCGGACCUGCCUCUUGUUUUUUUUGCACUACCUUACUUCCCAUUUUUCUAUUUUCUAUUUAUGAUUUAUAAUUUAAAUUUUUAAUAUUUACUAUCGAUUUGUACUCCAGGGAGCACGAAGCACAGAAUCAAAUAUCGCUGUGAUGAUUGUACGCUCUAGUAUCAAUUGUUUGGCGACAAUAAAGUAUAAAGUAUAAAGUAGAAGCCUGGA